AUGCCGCCGUCACUUCGGAAAGCGUGCCACGCCUGCACCACCGCAAAGCGUCGCUGCGUGCCUCAACUCCCACAGUGCGCCCGUUGUGCCGAGAAGGGACUGCGCUGUACCUACGACUUGGAACCUGUGACCAAUCUUGAGACGGACAGCUCUCGUCAGCCACACACGACGACCCAAAGCCCUUGGGAACCACUCCCUUCGAUCAUCUUCGAUUCUGUCGCUUCGGCUCACGAAGCCGCCGUGCGUUCCUACUCCUCCGAGGGCUACGAGAUGCUACCCGUGAUGGCAAACCAGGAUACGGUCAUGUUGGUCGUAGAGCGUCACCUGGGACCUAUCCCCUUGCUCACAUUCCAGCAAAGAACCACCCCCUACAUUCAUAGGCAGGUGCUGUUGGCCACUAAGCUGAAAUCUGCAAGCCUGGUUCUUGGAGACGUCGAUGGCUCUGGGAGGACACUCGGCCUCAAUUCCGCCUUUCUAGAAGGGGCGCAACAACACCUAUUAUCGCUGGAGAUCGAACAGCUAACGUUCACCGAGUUCCUGGGAGCAUUUCACAUGCUGGCGGCUAUCCUACUCUCCUUGAUUCUGAGCUUUGGCCGAUCCUCGCCCAACGCUCAACUACCGCCGAUUCUGCUCGAUCUCUGGACAACCUGGACAAAGCAUUUUCAUACAAUCCUCCCACGAACACUCAGCAGCGACCUGUCGGCAUGGCAGGCCUGGUGUACUGCUGAAAGUGCUCGGAGAACGCUUCUAUAUAUCAUUCUGGUGGACGGAAUGGUGGAAGUGGCCCAGAAAGGAUUUUGCCACUACCGCCCCAUGGUGGAGUCUCUGCCUUUUGAUGCAAGGACAGGUCUCUGGGAGGCAGACACUGCUGAAGAAUGGCGAGCUGCCGUGGCUGCGCACGGCGGUGCCGAAUCCGAACUGAUGUCCUGGGCCGAAUUCAUUAGAAUUGGGGGUCCAGAGCCUCGCGGGGAUUAUGACGGGAUGCUCCAGCGAAUGCUCCUCAUUAUUCAUUUUGGCAGGGCCGCUGCUGACGUCCAGUGA